AUGCGGCCUCACAGCCGACGUCUGCCUUGCGACAACUCAACACCCGACACACUGACAUCUACCAAUUCGCCAGCCAGCACCUGCGCAAGAUAUCUCACAGGCUCAGAGAUAGUCAUCGCAAACCCCCAGCGUACCAAGAUCAAGGUGCAGCUUAAACUGUCGAUCGCUAGGUUACGCAUGGUGCAAAAGAGAGAUGAUGCCCUCGCCAAGACGCAGCGGAGAGCCAUGGCGCAGCUGUUGGACGUUGGAAAGGUCGAUUCCGCGCGCAUACGAGUAGAGAACAUCAUCCGCUCCGAUAUCACGACCGAACUGCACGAGAUCCUCGAGCUCUACUGCGAGCUUCUCCUGGCCCGUGCGGGCUUGUUAGAUAGCCCCGUCUGCGACCCGGGCCUGGAAGAGGCUGUCAAGAGCAUCAUCUACGCGGCGCCAAAGACCGAGAUCAAGGAAUUGCAGCAGGUCCGAGCCUUGCUGGGCGAGAGGUAUGGCAAAGACUUUGUCCUGACGGCCAUGGAGAACUCUGAUGGCAAGGUCUCUGAGAAGGUUGUCAAGAAGUUGAGUGUGACGCCCCCGAAGGAGGAGCUGGUCCAGGGUUACCUCGAGGAGAUCGCCAAGGCGUACGGAGUGAACUGGCCGAGGAGGCCGAAGGAGGACCUUGGCGAUGCACCAGACUUCCUUGAUGACGAUGACGACAACCCCAGUGGUGGCCAGGCACAAAAGAAUCUGGAGGCCCCGUUGCCAGCCGAUCCCAAAGCUGCAGAGGCUCAACAAGAGUUGACCAAGGCGACACCACCACGAGACCUAGGGCCUAGCAGCCCGUUACAUGUGAACCCGCCUGGCCCUUCAACAGACAACAUACAUCCCAAAGUCACGUUGAAUUCUAUGGAGCUCAAACCGAGCAGUAACAAAAAGAUGGUCAAUGCUGCCAUGGCAAAGAAGGCACCAGCAAAGCAGGAUGACAUCAAGGAUGGUAUCCCUGAUGUGGAUGAGCUAGCCAAGAGAUUCGCUGCCUUGAAAAGAUGA